GCUGGUGUGCAGUUUGUUUAACGAUUGCGGCACUGCGGGCACCGCCGAGCAGGCGAGCACUGGCGAGCGCCGACAUUCACGACACGGCCUUUCACUCGAUGAAUUUCAGCACACGUACAGGUGCUCCGCGUAGAAGCAACGAUGAUACCGACAUUUCUGAGAGACGGUAGAAGGACGACUCGGGCUCCCACGCAACUGCCGCGAUCGUUUGACGACUGGUCUAGGGGCUACCGUCGCGUGCAGCGAGUGCUCGUGCAUCGUCCAUGAGAGAUGUCAAGUUUUCGCGAUUAUUGUGCCUGAUAACGCGUGCGCGAGUGCACAACUCGGCUCGGCCGCACAGCGGAGGAUCCCAACUGCCUGACGGCCGCUCGCCUUCACUCCGUUUCGGCCUAAUAUUAGCCUAAUACAGCGAAAGCUGUCUCGUUGAUACCUGAAAUCCCGCUGGUCGGUCCGCGCUCGACCGAUAGCCUCGAACGCAGCGAGAUGGCGGACGAUUCGAGCGUACGCGUUGCCGUGCGAAUAAGGCCUCAAGUAGCCCGCGAAGUUAUCGACAUGUGUAGGAUUUGCACUCAGGUGCCUCAAGGGGAGCCGCAGGUCUUUCUCGGGCCCGACAAGGCCUUCACGUACGACUACGUAUUUGACACGCCGGUGAAUCAAGGCACAAUUUACGAGACGUGUGUGCGUCGUCUGGUGGAAGGCGCGCUCGACGGCUACAAUGCGACGGUCUUCGCCUACGGGCAAACCGGCUCCGGCAAGACUUACACGAUGGGCACCGGCUUCGACGUCGAGCUCGAUCAGACUAUCGUCGGGAUUAUACCCAGAGCUAUUAGGCAUCUUUUCGACGGAAUAGCCGACAAGCAGGGGCGCGCGAGGGAACGCGCGCAAAUGCCGCCGGAGUUUAAGGUCACAGCGCAAUUCUUAGAGUUGUACAACGAAGAUCUGAAAGAUUUGCUGGAGCCAGGAGGACCGAGGGGCGGCGCGCGUAUUCACGAGGACACGAUGGGUAACAUACAUCUGGCUGGCGUAGAACCACGCGUCGUAACCAGCCCCGAGCAAGCCCUGGAGUAUCUUCGAUUGGGUGCCUUGUCGCGCACCACGGGUUCCACGCAAAUGAACACGCAGUCCUCUAGGUCGCACGCGAUAUUUACCCUGUACGUCAAACAGCAGAGGUGCAUCAAGGUCGAGGAUCCUGACGCGGAUGUCGACACGAGCGGCGUCGAAUUGGCCAAUGAGUUUGAAACGUUAACUGCCAAGUUUCACUUCGUCGACCUGGCCGGUUCCGAGAGACUAAAGAGAACGGGCGCUACCGGCGACCGUGCGAAGGAAGGCAUUUCUAUCAAUUGUGGAUUGUUAGCCCUGGGUAACGUCAUUUCCGCUCUCGGCGAUAAAACGAAGAAAGCCUCGCACAUACCGUACAGAGACUCAAAGUUGACCAGGCUACUUCAAGACUCUCUCGGGGGGAACAGUCAGACGGUCAUGAUAGCGUGCGUAUCGCCAAGCGACAGAGAUUUCAUGGAGACCCUAAGUACGUUGAAGUAUGCAAAUCGAGCGAGAAAUAUUAAGAAUAAAGUUACUAUUAACCAGGACAAGAGCUCGAGAACGAUCGCUUCGUUACGACGAGAGAUUCAGCAGCUUCAGUUGGAAUUGAUGGAAUAUAGGCAAGGCAAGAGAAUCGUCGGCGAGGACGGAGUUAACGACGCCUGGCAUGAAAAUCAAAUGUUGAGCAGCGAAUUACAGAGUCUUCGUACCAGAGUGAAGGCACUUUCGGAGACGGUCGAGGCGUUAACCGCCAAGAACGCUCUCCUGCUGGCGGAGAAAGCAGCGGGUCAUUGGGUAGCGGCGUCCAGCAAAGGUGACGACCAGCUGACCAGCCUGAUACAGGGAUACGUUCAAGAAAUAGAAGAGCUGAGAGCUCGUCUAUUGGAAGCGGAAGCUAUGUAUCAGCAAUUGAAGAAGAGACAAAUGCAGGUUAACGCGGCGAAUCCAUACGGGGAUUCCAGCUCGUUUCAUUCCGAUUCCGCGUCCGUGUUGGUCGACGCUAAGAGAGAUGUCGAGAAAGAGAUGGAAACGUUGAGGGCCUUGAAGGAACAGUACAGUCACGGCGCUAAUACUACCAAGUCGGUGGACGAGGCAGAGAUGGAUGACGCGGAGAAUGCACAGGAUUCCGUGAGCGAGGACGAUUCCGACGACGAUUCCGACCGUAAAGAAGAAGACGAAGAAGAAGCAGCUAUGGGUCGUGAAUUGGAAGCGCUAACUUCCGAUAUCGAUGUUAAGCAGCGCUUGAUACAAGAGCUCGAGCUCUCUCAAAGACGUUUACAGACUAUGAAGCAGCACUAUGAGGACAAGUUGUCCCAGUUGCAAGCUCGUAUUCGAGACACUCAGGAAGAGAGGGAUAAAGUCUUGCUGUCUUUGCAGCAACAACCUACGCCGCCUACCGAAAAGGUGAAAAAGCUACGCGACGAGUACGAGAGGAAGCUGACAAAUAUGCAAAAGGAGAUGCGUCUUCUACAAUCUGCCAAGAAGGAACACGCGAGAUUACUCAAGAACCAGUCUCAGAACGAAAGUAGGCUGAGAGGUCUGAGAAACGAGCUUUCGGAGAUGAAGAGGGCAAAGGUAAAGCUUUUGAAUAAAAUGCGAGAAGAAGCUCAACGGCAUAAAGAGAACGAACUGAGGCGCAAUAGAGAGAUAGCGCAGUUACGCAAGGAAAGUCGUAGGCAUGCAAACGUAAUCAGAACGCUGGAGGCCGACAAGAGAAUGAAGGAGGUUGUUCUUAGACGUAAACAAGAGGAAGUAACGGCACUACGGAAAAGGGACAAGGGAUUGAGUCAGAAAGCUGCUGGUCGUGCACCAGUCAAACCACUUAAUCCUAAAGCAUUGAAGCAAAGGUGGCAGACGUUCGAAAGAACGAUCACUAAGCAGGCAUUAGCGAAGCAGGCCGCCGCAGAAACGGAGAGAGAAAUGGAGAGACUAUUACAAGAGAGGGAAGAAUUGGGAAGAGAUUUGGAGAAGCUUCAGAAGCACAGGAGUCAAAUUACAAGCGUGAGAGGCGACACCGCCGAUAUUGACGAAGAGAUCGACAAUGUGGAAAGUAAAAUCAGCUACCUACAGGAUAGCAUUUCGGAAUGUCAGCGGGACAUGGUUGAAAUGGGCGACGGUGAGGCGGAGGGUGAGCCCGGUGUCGAAACGCUCAUUUCUACGAUACGAACGGUAGACGAGGCACAGUACUUACUCGAGCGAAUGCUCGCGUUUACCGUGGAGCAAAGUUGCAUAGCCGCGCAGAAGCAGCUCGAGGUGCGGGAUAUGGAAUCGCGACUCAAUCAAGUUGCGCAAGAAAGCGACGUGCAGCAUCAGUUACUGGAGCACGUAUUACGCGAUAGAGAUCUGUUAUCUCUCACAAACAAUCAGAAUAACGUACUAGCUUAUAGUCCAGCCAGUUCAAGAAGUUCCUCACCCGACAACGAAAGUUACGGUCAAAUUAUACUCGGUGAGGAGAGGCAGCGCAAUAGUAAAGUUAGAAGAAGAACAACGCAACCACAAGAACUUUUAUACGGUGUACACGCUAGUCCGGAAAAUGUUAAGGCAGAUGAUCAGAAUCAAAAUCAUAAUCAUCCUCUUACUAGGGUCCCCAGUGCACCAGGUAGCCUAAAAGGACUGGUAUUGACGAGAAAUCAGUACGGUGGUACUGGUGGAUCGCCAACGCUGAGUCGUCGCGACAGCACAUCACCCAGAGCUCUGCGACGGCCGAUUCAUCCCGGUGGUGGCUCCAUGGAGCAGGUAGCGCAUCUGGAUAUAUCUUCACCCCCUGGCUCACCGACUACGUACAGGCGAUUCAGUAGUCGCGAGGAAAACGUAUUCUCCAGAUUAACUGCAAACAGGCAGCUAAUCGCGUCUGAACCGCAGCCAAUGAAAGGAAUUAUCUCGCAGUAUCAGGGCAAGGCGCAACCACGGGCCAUUUUGCAAUGCUCUCACGUCGCGGAAGGGCACAGCAAAGCUGUCCUUACUGUAUGCGUAACGUCGGAUUUACUUUUCAGCGGCUCGAAAGAUCGCACCGUCAAAGUAUGGGAUUUGGAAACGGGAAUUGAAAGCUUGACCUUGGGUGGACAUCCUAAUAACGUCGUAGCCGUAAAGUAUUCCGCCGUUCAUCAGCUUCUAUUUAGCGUAUCCGCGGCAUACGUUAAAGCUUGGGAUUUAAGAGCUGGCAACAGCUGCGUAAAAACCUUGUUUUCAUCGGGUCAAACUCAGAACGGUCCUAUCGCGCUGUCAACUCCGUCUAGGAUGGUUCACGUUCCGCCGGGCGAAACGACAAUUAUCGACUUAGCGCUCAGUUUGGACGAACAGGAGCUGUAUACCGCGGCUAGCGAUAAAGUUAGAAUAUGGGAUCUUCGUAAACUGACGUACGCCGGCAGAUUAAGCACGCCACACACGGCGGCCGUUAUGUGUCUGGCCGUUGCCGAGGAUGGUAGAGUGAUAGCAGGUAGCAAGGAUCAUCUGAUAUCUCUCGCCGAGCCUAAUAUAUCCGGACCGUCCGUUAGUCUAGCGCCGCCGCAUUACGACGGCGUUGAAUGUUUAGCAACGAUCGGUUCCACAUUAUUCUCCGGCUCUAGAGAUAUGUGCAUUAAACGAUGGGAUCUAAGCAAGAUGGAAUUAGUCCAGUCCCUGAACAACGCUCACAAAGAUUGGAUUUUGGGAUUGUGCACAAUAAAUAACGGUUCCAUAAUGAUUUCGGGAUGUCGCGGUGGUAUACUGAAGGCAUGGUCGGUUCCUAAGGAUCAUUUAGGGGAAUGCACGCCUAUCGGGGAGGUGCGAGCGCACGCUUCUGCGAUCAAUGCCAUCGCGACCAAUCAGCAGCAUAUAUUCACAGCGAGCAACGAUGGAACUGUGAAAUUGUGGAACUACUAUAAACGAGACGCAAGGACCUUCCACAGGAGCAACUCACUCAAAAGCUAACAUACGUGUCUUAUACGAAUUGUAUUAUAUUUAAUUUGCAAUUAGUCUUAUUAUUGUUAACUAUAGUUUAAUUUAAGUGAUAAUGCACUUGAUCCAUCCACUAUUAGCUCGUAUCCUUUUUUUAUACAUUGCUAUUGCAUUGAUCCUUUUUUAAUUGAUUGUUGAGAAUACUUUUAAACAUUUUUUUAAAUAUUUUUCGACUGUAUCGUAAUUUUAAUAAAUACUAGGAGAUGUAAUGGUAAUCGUAAAAAUCUUACAGGACAAUAUGUAUGUUGUUUAACUAGCAAGAUGACUGGUCGUAAUGUUAACAGUGUCCGUUUGGAAUAGGAAUAAUGUGCAUUAUCAUAAGCUGCCUAAACGCAAGGCUUGGAUGAAGUAUUGAUAGAAGAAAAGGCUAUAUUAUCUGAUAUUUAUUUUGUUAUGAACAUAAAGAUACGAUCGUAAUUAUAAUAUUUAUUCUUAGUACAAACAAUAAUUGUUGGUUAAUACUGUACAGUCUGAGGUCUCUGUAGGUUCCAAAUACUGGAUAUUGUCAGGGUUGGCUAUUAGUCAAUUUUCUUCUGGAAAAUUGAAGAGAGUAUUAUGCCUUGAUUAUAUUUCGAAUCGUGACGAAAAAUAAAUGGAUUGUAUUAACUGUAUUGUAUACAAAAAAGAGGAGGAGUACACGGUGAUUUUGCGAUACUUGAAUAGAGAGAAUGUUGUAUAUA